CUGAUGCAGAUGCAGCCCAUGAUGGCUGGUUACUACCCCAGCAAUGUUACCUCUGAUCAUAUCCAACAGUACUUGGACGAGAACAAAUCGUUGAUUCUGAAGAUUGUUGAGUCUCAAAACUCGGGAAAGCUUAGCGAGUGCGCCGAGAAUCAGGCAAGGCUUCAACGCAACCUAAUGUACUUAGCUGCAAUAGCAGAUUCUCAGCCUCAGCCUCCAAGUGUGCAUAGCCAGUAUGGAUCUGCUGGUGGUGGGAUGAUUCAAGGAGAAGGAGGGUCACACUAUUUGCAGCAGCAACAAGCGACUCAGCAGCAACAGAUGACUCAACAGUCUCUAAUGGCGGCUCGAUCCUCAAUGUUGUAUGCUCAGCAGCAGCAGCAGCAGCAACAGCCUUACGCAACGCUUCAGCAUCAGCAAUUGCACCAUAGCCAGCUUGGAAUGAGCUCGAGCAGCGGAGGAGGAGGAAGCAGUGGUCUCCAUAUCCUUCAAGGAGAGGCUGGUGGGUUUCAUGAUUUUGGCCGUGGGAAGCCGGAAAUGGGAAGUGGUGGUGGCGGUGAAGGCAGAGGAGGAAGUUCAGGGGAUGGUGGAGAAACCCUUUACUUGAAAUCAUCAGAUGAUGGGAAUUAAAAGAUUGUGGCACAAGGAAUCUUAAUGAUGAAGCAGCAGCAGAAGAAGUAGUAGUAAUAAUAGGAGUCUUGAAGU